AUGCUUCAAACAAUUCCCAUGCCAAGCCGGGAGCUGACUAUAGCUUUGGCUGUGCUCUCACUGCUUAUGGUCCUGGUGCAAAGAGCAGGAUCAAGGCGACGGGAAACUAAGCAACUUCUCUCUCUUCCCCCUUCACCUCCUUGCGCAAACAUUAUCGCUGGCCAUCUUCCCACCGUCCUGAAAGCAGCCAAGGAACAUCGCCAGCACCUUCUUUUCCAAAAGUGGGCCGAGGAAUACGGCGAGGUGUUUUUCGUUCAGCUCGGCACUAUCCAGGAGUACUUCAUCAAUAGUGACCAAGCCGUCAGAGCAAUCUUCGACAAGGCUGCGGCCCAAACAUCUGAGCGACCGCGUUGGAUUGUCAGUAACGAGCAGAUAUGCAACCGACUCAACCUUCUCCUUCUUAGCUCCAGUGAAAAAGCAUGGAAAAGUCAACGAAAGGCCACAACCUUUGGGCUGACCAACUUAAAUCUCGCCGAUGCUGGUCUUCCAUUUCUUCAUUUCGAAACGUUGAAGUUCCUGAAUGAUAUUGGUCAAAAUCCCAGCAAAGGCGCCGAUCCGCAAUCUCUAUGGUCGAGCAUUGGUCGCUACACAUAUAGCACAUUCUCGUCCCAGAUCUUUGGCCUGGAUGUCCCCGAAGACAAUAGCCCUGUCAUCGAUUACAUAUUCGAAACAGGUCUAGCCCAGAUUCUUGGUAUGCUCCCUGGCUACUAUCUAGUUGACACUUUCAACAUUCUUGACAAGCUACCACUAUUUCUAAAACCUUGGGAAAGGGAUGCAAAGUCCAGGCACAAGCGUGACUAUGAGUGGUGUUGUGAUAAACUGAAGAAAGUAAAGUCACAGAUUGAUGCCGGAGAGGCUCCGCCGCAUAUGACUUUCAUCCGAAGGGUCAUCGAAGACCCAAACCAUCUGGGACUUGACAGCCUCGAAGAUGCCUCGUACCUGGGCAUGAUGCUAAUAAUCGGGGCUUCAGAUACUAGUCGGAUAUCGACUUGGUCAUUCCUUGAGGCUAUGUUAACGUUUCCAGAUGUCUGUAAUAAAGCGAGAAAGGUAAUUGAUUCGGCUGUUGGAGAUAGAGUUCCCGUUUUCGAAGAUCUGGAACGUGUGCCAUAUAUUCGUCAGGUCAUGAAGGAAUCUUGGAGAUGGCGCCCUCCUGUUGCCCUGGGCCAUCCCCAUACGACCACUCGAGAUAUAAUGUAUAAGAACUACCGCAUACCAAAGGGAGCCAGGAUACAUUUGAAUGCUUGGGCAAUUCAUCGAGACCCGACACGCUAUCCGGAUCCCGAAAAUUUCAUACCUGAGCGUUUUGAGGGCGACACAAGAUCGAGCCAGGAGAGCGCUGCAUCCCCUGACGUUUCCAAAAGAGACCACUUUGUCUUUGGAGCUGGACGUCGCAUCUGUCCCGGUUACCACGUUGCGGAUAGAAGCUUUGCUGUCAGUGUUAUGCGUAUUCUUUGGGCUUUCGAUAUUAGUUUGAAGCCUGGAACAAAGCUUCCUCUUGACCCUCAAAGCUUUCCAGGCGAUAUGCCAGGUAAUCCUGGGCUUGAAUUGCCUGUCGUAUUGACUGUCAGGAGCCCUGAAAGACUGGAAACCAUUCAAAAGGAAUUCGAGGCAGCUGUUCAGAGCCGGGAAAGGAUGGAGCCAUUGGUUGGCUAA